AUGCGUGUUUCAGUGAGGGAAAGUAUUAUGAUCUCACAUAUGGCUGCACUGAGACAUGCACGCUGGUUUGAAGAAAAUGCUUCGAAUCCAACUAUUAAGUCGCAUUAUGCUGUCGUAAAUACGGCGUCGCAACAGCCUCUGACAGCAGCUGAAGCUUUUCGAAGAUUUUUCCAGCUUCUUGCAGCUGGACUCUUGCUGCCCACUUCACCGGCUCUAAUCGAUCCAUGUGAACAAGCUCGGCGUAUACAUCAGUCGCUGACUUAUGAACAAAUGGUUAUUCACGUGUUUUUUGGUUUAGAAGAAAUACGUAUAUACACUUUGGCAAGCAGCUGCUUGAAAUUUGCAUCCUGUAAUACCAAGACUGCUUUUCGGCAUCACCGAAAUGCAUUCAUACACCGAGCCCAGUUUCCUGUCGCCUUUGGGUCUUGGUGCUACUUGUUAUGCUUUUUACCGUGCAGCGCUAGAGCACUGCAAUAG